AUGGUUCGCAUCAACAACUUUGCUCUUCUUGCCCUGAGUGCGUCUGCCCUGGCGGCGACUACUCAUAAUGCCCGUCGUUCAAUCGACAGCAUCUCCGAGUCCGAUCUCAUCGAUCGGGCCGUUCCUUUGAUGGGCUUGGACCGGCGCCAGCAGAACAACCAACAAGAUAGCCCCGAGGUCCAGAAGCUGAAGGAGGAUCGAAAAGCCAUCUCUGUUGAGCUCGCUCAGGCCCAGACUGAAAGGCAGGAUGCUGAGAAGGCCAUGGAGGCCGCCAUCCCUCAAGACCUCAAGACAAAGGAGGAUCAGGCUAGGCAGGCCUUGAAAGACGCUCGCAAGGCUGCCAACGACGCUAUUCCCGCAGAUCUCAAGCAGAAGGAGGAGGCCGCCUUCCAGAAGGUGAAGAGCAUCCGUGAGGGUCUUCCCGAGGACAAGAAGAAGGCACUUCAGGAGAACGGAAAAGCCCUCAGGGCUGCCAGGAAGGGUCAGAAAAGUGCUGCUCCUGCUCCCGCCGCCAGCGUUCCGCCUGCCCCUGCUGCCCCGGCUGCUUCUCCAGCUCCUCCUCCUCCUCCUGCUGCCAAGUUCUAA